GCAUCCAAAACCAGAAGUUCAAGAACUCGGAGGUAUAACCCGUCUUGACCGACCCGAAAAACACCAUCUUUCCACCUGAGACAAACCGCCAAAAAUGGCUUGCGCAGAGAGCAAUAGUGCCACCCUUCUCCAUCUCCUAACCCUUCUAUUACUAACAAUUUCACUGCCCUAUAAAUCGCUGUCCAUUCGAAUACCGGAUCAUGUUUCCACCGCCAUUAGAAACCCGCCACCCGAUUACCCAUUAAAAACAGCAGUUUUCGCCCUCGGUUGUUUUUGGAGAUCUGAAGCCGUGUUUGGUUGCUUGAAUGGUGUUGUACGGACCACUGUUGGUUAUUGUGGCGGAUCCAAAUUGAACCCCGUAUACCGAAGUUUAGGUGAUCAUGCAGAGUCCGUACAGGUAGAGUAUGACCCGAAGGUGAUUAGUUACAGUCAACUCUUGGAGGUAUUUUGGGCUAGUCAUGAUUCAAGGCAAGUGUUUGGGCAAGGUCCUGAUGUGGGUAAUCAAUAUAGGUCUGUUAUUUUCACUAAUGGAACUGAAGAACGUAGAUUGGCUGGUGUUAGCAAAGAAAGAGAGCAGUUGAAGUUGAGGAGCAGUGUUGUGGUUACUCAAAUUCAACAGCUUGGAACAUUUUAUCCUGCAGAGCCAGAACAUCAGAAAUUUGAGCUCAAGCAGAAUCCAUUUAUUCGUCAGCUGAUGGGAAACUUGCCUGAAGCGGACCUUGAGAAUUCAAGUUUGGCAGCAAAAUUAAAUGGCUAUGCAGCAGAGCUCUGCCCUCCACGCAUUCAAAAGCAGAUCAAUGCAAAGAUCAAUGACAUUCUUAGAAAAGGUUGGCCUGUUCUGAGAGAUGUAUAGCUGGCUUUUGGAGUAGAUUUCAAGUCAGUAUGCUUCAGCUGACAAGCUCCUGUACUCAAUGCACUAUUGCAUUCUUUUUGCGGGGUUGGUUCAUGCCAGGGCAUAGAGAAUCCAGAGCUGUGGAUGGCACAAGCAAAUAGACAGGGUAAUUCUACAUAUGGCCUGUUCUUGAUUCACUAAAACAAUAUCAAUGUUCCAUUCCCAAAUAGCUCUAGGCAUAUUCUGUUGUUCAAUAGGAAUUAUCUUAUAUGCUGCCUAUGAUUGAAGUCAUACUGUUUCACAUUUAUUCUUCACAUUUGGAUAGUUGAGAAACAAAACAAAAACAAAAAGGUUGAGAAUUUGGCCAGAAUAUGAAAUACUGCUAUAUGCAUUUGGUCAAAUCAUGUCAUCAGAGUCUUAGAUCUUGCUGUGAUCUGUUUACCUUUUUUCCAGCUAUGGAUGCGUUCAUGUUUGUUUAUUUCA